UCUCUCUCACACUCUUCCUCUCUAAUCACACAUCACUACUUUCUUCAACCUCUCUCUCUCAGAGACCGAUUAGGGUUUCGCAAUUCUCCAGAGGAUUUCGCUUCUCAACGGUUUUUGAAAAUGGUGGAAAAUGGGACGAAAGCUGGGAAGGGGAAGAAGAGAGCACUUCCAGAGAUUCAAGAGGUAGACGAUGUUUCUAGGACGAGGAGACCGAGGCGUGCUGCAGCGUGUACGAAUUUCAAGGAGAAAUCUGUUCGAGUCUGUGAGAAAUCCGCUACUAUUGAAGUAAAGAAACAGCUGGCUGUGGAUGAAGAGUUUCUCGCGUUACGGUUAACGUCUCUGGACACUGAUGUCGAUGCUCGUCCAACCAGGAGGCUGAAUGAUUUCGUUUUGUUUGAUUCGGAUGGAGUUUUACAGCCUGUGGAGAUGUUGGAGAUUAAUGACAUAUUUGUUUCGGGUGCUAUCUUACCUUCAGAUGUGUGUACUGACAAGGAGAAAGAGAAGGGUGUGAGGUGUCCAUCUUUUGGACGGGUGGAGAAUUGGAGUAUUUCUGGUUAUGAAGAUGGUUCCCCGGUGAUUUGGAUUUCUACGGAGUUGGCGGAUUAUGAUUGUCGUAAACCUGCUGCUAGCUACAGGAAGGUUUAUGAUUACUUCUAUCAGAAAGCGCGUGCUUCAGUGGCUGUGUAUAAAAAAUUGUCCAAGUCUUCUGGUGGGGAUCCUAAUACGAGUCUUGAUGAGUUGCUUGCGGCGGUUGCCAGAUCAAUGGGCGGAAACAAGUACUUUUCUAGUGGUGCGGCAAUCCAAGACUUUGUUUUAUCUCAGGGAGAUUUUAUAUAUAACCAACUCGCUGGUUUGGAUGAGACAGCCAAGAAACAUGAAACAAGCUAUGUUGAGAUUCCUGUUCUUGUAGCUCUCAGAGAGAAGAGUGGUAAAAUUGACAUGGCUUUGCAGAUGGAAGGAAAACCAUCUAAUGGGGUUCUGAGGAUUGAUGGAGUUUCUGAGGUUGCGGACAGCGAGGACAUGAUAUCUGAUCAACUGGUUGAUGGUGCUGAUGAGGACAGAAGAUAUGCUAAAGUGUUACAAGAUGAAGAGUACAGGAAAUCCAUGCAGCGGUCCAGAAAAAACACUAGCUCAGCUUCUGCUUCAAAUAAGUUCUACAUUAAGAUAAAUGAAGAUGAGAUUGCCAGUGAUUAUCCUCUCCCAUCGUACUAUAAGAACUCCAAGGAAGAAACAGAUGAACUUAUACUUUAUGAUGCUUCCUAUGAGGUUGACGCUGAAGACCUGCCUCGAAGGAUGCUUCACAACUGGGCUCUUUACAACUCUGAUUCACGGUUCAUAUCUCUGGAACUUCUACCGAUGAAACAUUGUGAUGACAUUGAUGUCACCAUUUUUGGGUCAGGUGUGGUGACUGAUGAUGAUGGAAGUUGGACUUCUUUAGACGAUCCUGACAGCGGUUCCCAGUCACACGAUCCUGAUGGGAUGAGCAUAUUCCUCAGUCAAAUAAAGGAAUGGGUGAUUGAGUUUGGGGGGGAUGAUAUUAUCGCCAUUACUAUACGAACAGAUGUGGCCUGGUACCGACUUGGGAAACCGUCAAAACUUUAUGCCCCUUGGUAUAAACCUGUUCUGAAAACAGCAAGGGUUGGGAUAAGCAUUCUUGCUUUGCUCAGUGGGGAAAGUAGGAUUGCUAGGCUUUCAUUUGCAGAUGUCACAAAAAGACUGUCUGGGUUACAGAAGAACGAUAGAGCUUACAUUUCUUCUGACCCCUUGGCUGUUGAGAGAUAUUUGGUCGUCCAUGGGCAAAUUAUCUUACAGCUUUUUGCAGUUUAUCCCAACGAUAAUAUCAAAAGGUGUCCAUUUAAUAUUGGUCUUGCAAGUAAAUUGGAGGAUAGGCACCACACAAAAUGGAUCAUCAAGAAGAAGAAAAUUUUGCUGAAGGAACUGAAUCUGAAUCCAAGGGCAGGCAUGGCACCUGUGGUAUCCAAGAGGAAAGCUAUGCAAGCAACAACAACUCGCCUGGUCAACAGAAUUUGGGGAGAGUUUUACUCCAAUUACUCUCCAGAGGAUUCAUUGCAGGCGAUUGGUGCAGAAAAUGGGGAGGAUGAAGUGGAAGAGGAAGGCGAAAACGGAGAGGAAGAGGUUGAAGGUGAAAAUGAGGAUGUCACAGAGGACACUGUACCAGAACCUGUUGAGGUUCAAAAGUCUCAUACUCCCAAGAAAAUUCGAGGCAGUUCUGGAAAAAGGGAAAUAAAAUGGGAUGGUGAGAGUCUAGGAAAAACUUCUGCUGGUGAGCCUCUCUAUCGACAAGCCCUUGUUGGAGGGGAAAUCGUGGCUGUAGGUGGUGCUGUCACCUUGGAAGUUGAUGAUCCAGAAGAAAUCCCGGCCAUCUAUUUUGUGGAGUACAUGUUCGAAAGUACAGAUCACUGCAAAAUGUUACAUGGUAGAUUCUUACAAAGAGGAUCUACGACUGUUCUGGGAAAUGCUGCUAACGAGAGGGAGCUAUUUCUGACUAAUGAAUGCAUGACCGUACAGCUCAAGGAUAUAAAAGGAAUAGCCAGUUUUGAGAUUCGAUCAAGGCCAUGGGGGCAUCAGUAUAGGAAAGAGAACAUCAUUGCGGAUAAGCUUGACCGGGCUAGAGCAUUAGAAAGAAAAGCAAAAGAUUUGCCUACAGAAUACUACUGCAAAAGCUUGUACUCACCUGAGAGAGGGGGAUUCUUCAGUCUUCCACUAAGUGAUAUUGGUCGCAGCUCUGGGUUCUGCAAUUCAUGUAAGAUUAGGGAGGAUGAAAAGGAGAGGUCUACAAUUAAACUAAAUGUCUCAAAGACAGGCUUUUUCUCCAACGGGAUUGAAUUUUCUGUUGAGGAUUUUGCCUAUGUGAACCCUGACUCUAUAGAUGGAAAGGAGGGCAGUAAAACUUCUUUCAAGUCUGGGCGAAACAUUGGGUUAAGAGCGUAUGUUGUUUGCCAAUUGCUGGAAAUCGUCCCAAAGGAAUCUAGAAAGGCUGAUUUGGGUUCCUUUGAUGUGAAAGUGAGAAGGUUUUAUAGGCCUGAGGAUGUUUCUGUAGAGAAGGCCUAUGCUUCAGACAUCCAAGAAUUGUAUUACAGCCAGGACACAGAUGUUCUCCCUCCAGGUGCUCUAGAGGGAAAAUGUGAAGUAAGAAAGAAAAGUGAUAUGCCUUUAUGCCGUGAAUAUCCAAUAUCAGACCAUAUUUUCUUCUGUGAUCUUUUCUUUGACUCCUCCAAAGGUUCUCUCAAGCAGUUGCCCGCCAAUAUGAAGUUGAAGUUCUCUACUAUUAAGGACGACACACUUCUAAGAAAGAAAAAAGGAAAGGGAGUAGAGAGUGAAACUGUGUCUGAGAUUGUCAAGCCUGAUGAGCCACCUAAAGAGAUUCGUCUGGCUACACUAGAUAUUUUUGCUGGUUGUGGUGGCUUGUCUCAGGGACUGAAAAAGGCGGGUGUAUCUGAUACAAAAUGGGCGAUUGAGUAUGAAGAGCCAGCUGGGCAGGCUUUUAAACAAAACCAUCCUGAGUCAACAGUUUUCGUUGACAACUGCAAUGUGAUUCUUAGGGCUAUAAUGGAGAAAGGUGGAGAUCAAGAUGAUUGUGUCUCUACUACAGAGGCAAAUGAACUAGCAGCUAAACUUGCUGAGGACCAGAAGAGUACUCUGCCACUGCCUGGUCAAGUGGACUUCAUCAAUGGAGGACCUCCAUGUCAGGGGUUUUCUGGCAUGAACAGGUUCAACCAAAGCUCUUGGAGUAAAGUUCAGUGUGAAAUGAUAUUAGCAUUCUUGUCAUUUGCUGAUUAUUUCCGGCCAAGGUAUUUUCUUCUGGAGAACGUGAGGACCUUUGUGUCAUUCAAUAAAGGGCAGACCUUUCAGCUUACUUUGGCUUCCCUUCUUGAAAUGGGUUACCAGGUGAGAUUUGGAAUCCUGGAGGCAGGUGCAUAUGGAGUAUCCCAAUCUCGUAAAAGAGCUUUCAUUUGGGCAGCUGCACCAGAAGAAGUUCUCCCAGAAUGGCCUGAGCCAAUGCAUGUCUUUGGUGUUCCAAAGUUGAAAAUCUCGCUAUCUCAAGGUUUACAUUAUGCUGCUGUUCGUAGUACUGCACUUGGUGCCCCUUUCCGCCCAAUCACCGUGCGAGACACAAUUGGCGAUCUUCCAUCUGUAGAAAACGGAGAAUCCAUGACAAACAAAGAGUAUAAAGAUGUUGCAGUCUCAUGGUUCCAAAAGGAGAUAAGAGGAAACAUGAUUGCUCUCACUGAUCAUAUCUGCAAGGCUAUGAAUCAACUAAACCUCAUUCGAUGCCAGCACAUCCCAAAGAGGCCCGGGGCUGAUUGGCAUGACUUGCCAAACGAAAAGGUUAAGUUAUCUAAUGGGCACGUAGAAGAAAUGAUUCCUUGGUGUCUGCCAAACACAGCUAAGCGCCACAACGGGUGGAAGGGACUAUUUGGGAGGUUAGACUGGCAAGGCAACUUUCCGACUUCCAUCACCGAUCCUCAGCCCAUGGGUAAGGUGGGAAUGUGCUUCCAUCCUGACCAGGACAGAAUUCUCACUGUCCGUGAAUGCGCCCGAUCUCAGGGGUUUCCGGAUAGCUACGAGUUUGCAGGGAACAUUAUACAUAAGCAUAGGCAGAUUGGGAAUGCAGUACCUCCACCAUUGGCGUUUGCUCUCGGUCGUAAGCUCAAAGAAGCCCUACUUCUCAAGAAGUCUCCUCAACACCAACCCUAAAUAACACCCAAUUUGCCAUUUCCUUUUUUUAAUAUUAUUAGUCAUUAUGAUCCUUAUCUUGAGUGAAACUCAAUAGUUAUUGGUGCUGAUACUCGUUGAUAAAGCCUAAGAAGCAGUUUUUGUAUAUUCCACAUUUCGGAUUGAUAAAAACUUAUUAUAUCCUUUGGGUCUCGA